GAUUAAGUUAAUCGGUUGGUGCAAGUAGCCCUAAAAAUGGCGUAGAAAUAUCUAUAUCCUUAGUACUUUAGUAAAAUACUUUGUUGAUUAAACAUAUGACAAAUUUUACAAAAAGUGUGUGUUGAUUGGGUAUGGAAUAGAGAAUUUCUAGAGACUUAAGAAAAGUUCUGUAACUCGUCGCUGCGCAGACGCGAAAAUAGAGAACCGUUAUUCAUCUUCUUUAUUUAUUUCGGCCUAUUUUGGCCUGUUUCGGUCUCUUCGGUGUUGUUCGGUCAUUCGGCCUGUUUCGGCCUCGGUCUCUCGCCAAGUGUCGUGAGCUGUGAGUGUGAGACUGAGUUAGAACCUUUCACAAUGCAUCUCGCUGUUUGAGAGUGGUUUCACUGUCGGAGCUCCCCUACUAUCGUCGGUACGGUAUGGACAUGAAUAACGCGGAGACAUACGACGAAGACGUGAACGAUCAACCGAUCGAUUACAGCAAGAAAUAUGUUGAGAGAAACGCUCCACCGCAGAAUCAACGUCUGGCUGACGGGUCACAGGCGAACCACGUAUCAAAAAAGGAAUUCGACGAGCACGAUAAGGUGGACCUGUUCGGCGACUAUGCUGAAACCGAUCUUGAUCAGCCCACAGAUUACAGCCUGCGGUACGCCGAGGACGACACUGAUGAGGAGGAGAAGCAGAACACCGAGUAUUUUCCAGGCAGUGAACAAGAGGAUACCGUUAAGACUUAUUGUACCGAAGGAACCCCCUAUGAGACUCCUUUUAACUUCUCCACAGCUACUUCCAUGUCGGAUCUUCGAGUUGAAGAUAUAAAGGAGAAUGUAAUUGUGAGGAAGGUACCAAAGAAGACGAUGGAAGUAGACAACAAAAUAUCUUUGUCUUUUAUGAAACAGACUGAAGCACUUGGUUGUGACGAACAAGAUGGUUCAAUAACAAAAGAGCUUGAAGAGAACUCAAAAGAUACUGUCGUUCUUAAUCCUGGACAAGUAACUCCAGAAAAGAUAGUAAGUUAUUACGAGGAGGAAGAAACGUCUCGAGGCUUCUCACGUGCCAAUUCUCUUAGUUCUUUGAAUAGUGCAAUAACACCUCAGAAUAACAUUACGCGAGUUAUCUCAAAAGAAGAUUUACCUCCUUCUGUGAAUAAAGAAGAGUUGGAAAAUGACGAUCACAAUGUAAGGUUGAAUAACAGUCAAAUUGAGUUAUCGUCAGUGAGUAAUAAUUCUUUUGAGAAUAAGAAUAGUCCAAGUGUUCUAGAAAAAGAAGGAAAAAUGGUGACAUUUGGUGGUCAAAAUUACUAUGCGGAAGAAACUCCUCUAAUGUUUUCACGCUGUAGUUCUCUUGGCUCAUUAAGUGGUUUUGAGCAAUAUUCUAUCCAUGAUGAUCGUAGUUCUGUGAUCAGUGAUUUUAGCCGUAGGACUAGUGGUGUAGUAUCACCUAGUGAACUGCCUGAUUCGCCUACACAAACAGUUUUACCUAGUCCACGUAAUCAUAAGGUCCAGAAUACAGAAUUUAUAUCAAAGAUGCAAGAAGAAGCAAGACCAUCAGUUCGACAUUUAGUAUUUCCUAAACCGCAUAUCACGAGGAAUAGUGUUUUUGAAGAUGAUAUUGCGACUUUUAAGGAAGAAUCAACACCAAUUGAAUUUUCUAGUGCAACCAGUCUAAGCUCCCUUACAAUUGAUGACGAAGUCAAAAUACCUGAUGAUACUACGACGUAUCAUAUAAUAGAAAAAGUAUUUGAUACAAAUGAGAAAGAUAUUCAUAUACUCGAAAAAGAUAUUCAUAAUAUGAAAAUAAGUAAUCCGGAGAAUCAUGCGAAAGAGGAACAAGUAAGUGAUGGCGAUGAAGAUGACGAUGAUAUGUUGGCUGCUUGUAUCAAUAUGGGAAUGCAAACUAACAGAUAUAGACAGUCUCUGAACUCUCAAAAAUCUGUACAACCAGAAUCGCCGAACAUCUUAGUGCCAUAUCAGAGAAAUUCUAACCCAAGCAGAUUAGAAUCACACGCGACUCCUCUGAAGGCGUCUGUUGGUACUUCGAAGAAUAGAACUGCGAUGGAAAUUGUUGCUUCAGAUACUGUACAUGUAUAUUGCACAGAGGAUACACCUGCAGAUAUCUCUCCAGUGGGAUCUCAAUCCAAUCUAUCUGCUCUAUCAAUGCCAAGUGUACAAGAGGAUAUAGAGAAGAUUGUGUGCGAACAAGACAAAUCAGCCGAGAUUGAUUGCCAGAGAAAUGACUUGUCUGAUGAAAAUUCCAAUUUUUCGGGCGAAGAUGAGAAAAUAUUGGAUGAAUGUAUUCAAUCAGGCAUACCUAAGGCAAGGCAAAUAACUCCACCUCCGUUACCAACAAAUGGCAUUCUAUUUGUAAAAAAAUCUGAAGCACUAUCGCAUAAGUUUAACAUAUGCGGUACACCAUCGUCUUCACCUGUCGAUACAAGUCAUGGAAAUAAAAAUUCUAUAUUAAGUCCCAAGUCGCCAGGUAAUGUGUCAUUGAGACAUCCAGAUGAAUUUUCAGACGAUAGUCUGAAUCAUUCAGACGACGAUGCAAUUUUGACGGAAUGUAUACAAUCUGCAAUGCCAAAGGCAAGAUUUAGUUUAUCGUCGCCAAUUAGAUCGUCGUUAGUACAAACUGCAGAAAAUUCUACAACAAUGAACAUACAGCCAUCCUCUACUUCAUCAACAUUUUUUCAACCAAGAUAUAUGGAGCAAAAGAAAAAUAUAGUAAAAAAACUUUUAUUAUUUGAAGACAAUGUCGGACUUUCUGAAGAAGAAGAAGAUAUCAUGUUAGAACAAUGUAUUAGAUCUGGCAUGCCAAAAGCAUUAAAUUCCAUGUCGCCUAUAACAAUGACAUCUACAGCCAAGAAAUCUGAACCAUCUUUGAAAACUACAGGCAAUUUCCCCAUCCCUUCAACCUCUUACUUUGCAAAUAAAUCUCAUUCUCCCAGGAACGCUACACUGUAUUCACCAUCUGUGAGUAUUAACACAGCAGAAGUGGGUUUUGCAUCCGGCAGAAAUGUAUCUGACAAUUUUAACUACUUCCUCGGGAAAACAACAAGCAGUAAUAUAGUACAUACCUCCGGUCAGACAUUAAAAAAUAAUGAUAACGGUACGCGCGAGAAGAUAAACAAUUCGCCGCAUUGUGCUCGAAGAUCACCGCUUCGUCAUACAGAGAUUCAAAACGGUAAUUUCGUCGACAAUCUGUGUACGCCCUUGCGGUCUCGCGAUGUAAAGUGCGCGUCAUUUUGUAAUAGAGUCCAAAACGACGACGAUUAUGCGUGCAAAAAUCAUAAUACAGUGAAAUCCAACACUGUGCCUUCACGCCAUAGUUCAGUAAGUUCCCUCAAUGAAGAAGAUUCAUUUAUUUCCACGGAAGAGUUGGCCCUACUGAACUUGUGCAUUAAUUCUGGUAUUCCUAGAAAGUGUCGUGUUAAGGGAACUAAACCGAAUGAAAGUGUAAUCUCCAAUGGCCAUGACGACUGCGAGCCGGAGGACAAUUAUUCAGUGUCCAGUUACAAUUCUUAUGUUUGUAAGACGUAACAUGCGAAUAUCGUAUGUACUAGGACAGAGUUUUUUUUUCUUUCUCUGUCUGACAAUUUGUAUAUAUUUUUAAAAAAGACUGAAUAUUUUUGUAUAUUAAUUAAUAAAGGAAUAUUGUAUUUCA